AUGCUUCUUCACCUUCCACGAGGCUCAUUUGAGCUGCCCCGAUCCGAAGGCACAACCCCAUAUGCAAAUUCCGAAACAAAUCUCAGAAUCGGCAUGCUGAACCCUUCUUCCGACGAUGCUACACGUAGUACCAAACCUACGGUCCUUGUGCCGACCUCGAUAACUGAAGAGGAACUAGCGCGCGAGCAGAGAGAAAAAGUAGCAUCAAGUUUAGCGGGAUUGAGAAAGUCGCUAGUAGAAUUAAGCAAUUUUUCGACUACCACGACGAUGCGUCUAGAUGAUACGUAUUACUCUGUUCUUGAGAGGUUGGGCAUGCUUCAGAGUACGAUAAUUUCCCUUAAGGAACUCACAAGCAUGUCGCAGGAGCUAGACGAAAGCUUCAAGGCAGAGUCGCAAGGACUAGUAGACGAGUUAGAGCAACAGGCCGACUCGUUCGGUCACUUUGACGAUCAGCAGAGACGCAUCGAAGAACUACAGGGUCGCAUACAUGCAGGUCGUGACAUGGUCGAGACCCUUAGCAAGCGGGUAGAUGUAGUACGGGAGCGGAUCGAAGGCUGGGAAAGGGCGGAUAUGGAAUGGCAAGAAAAGACAAGAAAACGUCUCAAGACCAUAUGGAUCAUCACGUCCGUGGUGAUUUUCUCACUAAUACUCAUACUGGUUAUAGCCCAGUACGCCCCUUCGUCUGAAAAUAAUUCGGGGGUUCUGGAUCCGACGUCAAGUAACGGGCAAGGACAGCCAUAUUUGAGUAACGUAGUUGGCAAUCAAACCAUGGACGCUGCCUCUAUGGUGGAUGAGGUGAGAGAAGCACUCGGCAGCAGAAAAGCCAAUGAGUCUACCGGGAAUGGUGUGUUCCGAGCCCUCGACGAGCUAUAA